AGUUUUUAUCUUGUCUUUUAGAGGGCGAAAUGUCAUCUGUGGAAUCACACCAGGAGCAUUUGUCUCAGUCAGAUCCUUCCCCAUCACCAAACUCAUGUAGUUCCUUUGAGCUAAUAGACAUGGAUGCUGGCAGUUUGUAUGAACCAGUUUCUCCACAUUGGUUUUAUUGUAAAAUAAUAGAUUCCAAGGAGACAUGGAUUCCUUUCAACUCUGAAGAUUCACAACAACUGGAAGAAGCAUAUGGCUCUGGAAAAGAUGGUAAUGGGAGAGUUGUCCCCACUGAUGGGGGCAGAUAUGAUGUUCAUUUGGGGGAGAGGAUGAGAUAUGCUGUGUACUGGGAUGAACUUGCAUCAGAAGUGAGACGAUGUACUUGGUUUUACAAGGGAGACAAAGACAAUAAAUAUGUUCCCUACUCAGAAAGCUUCAGCCAAGUUUUAGAGGAAACAUACAGGCUUGCUGUAACUCUGGAUGAAUGGAAAAAGAAACUGGAAUCUCCAAACAGAGAAAUUAUUAUAUUACACAAUCCAAAGCUCAUGGUACAUUACCAGCCAAUUGCAGGGUCUGAUGAGUGGGGUUCAACACCCACUGAACAGGGUCGACCAAGAACAGUGAAAAGAGGAGUUGAAAACAUCUCUGUUGACAUUCAUUGUGGGGAACCUUUACAAAUAGAUCACUUGGUUUUUGUAGUCCAUGGGAUUGGACCAGCUUGUGAUCUCCGCUUUCGAAGCAUUGUACAGUGUGUUAAUGAUUUUCGCAGUGUUUCCUUGAACUUACUACAGACACAUUUUAAAAAAGCUCAGGAAAAUCAACAGAUUGGAAGGGUAGAGUUUCUUCCAGUCAACUGGCACAGUCCAUUACAUUCUACUGGUGUGGAUGUAGAUCUACAGCGAAUAACCCUGCCCAGCAUUAACCGCCUCAGGCAUUUCACCAAUGACACAAUUCUGGAUGUCUUCUUCUACAAUAGCCCCACCUACUGUCAGACUAUUGUGGACACAGUAGCUUCUGAAAUGAACCGAAUAUACACACUUUUUCUGCAGAGGAACCCUGAUUUCAAAGGGGGCGUGUCCAUUGCUGGUCAUAGUUUAGGUUCGCUUAUAUUGUUUGAUAUCCUAACAAAUCAGAAAGAUUCUUUGGGGGAUAUUGACAGUGAAAAGGGUUCACUAAAUAUUGCUAUGGAUCAAGGAGAUGCACCAACACUAGAGGAAGAUUUGAAGAAACUUCAACUCUCUGAAUUCUUUAAUGUCUUUGAAAAGGAGAAAGUAGAUAAGGAAGCUCUGGCUUUAUGUACAGACAAAGAUCUUCAGGAAAUGGGAAUUCCCUUAGGACCAAGAAAGAAGAUACUAAACUAUUUCAGGACCAGAAAAAAUUCAGUGGGUAUUAAUAGACAAACCACACAGUCGGCUUCAGCAGUGAAUAUCUCCAAAGAAUCUGAAUUCUGCAGUAGUAUUGAUAAUACUAGAAAUGAUGAAUAUCUAGAUGUUGGCAUUGGGCAGGUGUCUGUAAAAUAUCCCCGGCUCAUCUAUAAACCAGAAAUAUUCUUUGCCUUUGGAUCUCCCAUUGGAAUGUUCCUUACUGUUCGAGGACUAAAAAGAAUUGAUCCCAAUUAUAAAUUUCCAACAUGCAAGGGUUUCUUCAAUAUUUACCAUCCUUUUGAUCCUGUGGCUUAUAGGAUUGAACCAAUGGUGGUCCCAGGAGUGGAAUUUGAACCAAUGCUGAUCCCACAUCAUAAAGGCAGGAAGCGGAUGCACUUAGAAUUGAGAGAGGGCUUGACCAGGAUGAGUAUGGACCUUAAGAACAACUUGCUAGGUUCACUUCGGAUGGCUUGGAAAUCUUUCACCAGAGCUCCAUAUCCUGCCUUACAAGCUUCAGAAACUGCAGAAGAAACUGAAGCAGAACCUGAAUCAAGUUUGGAGAAGUCCAGUGAUGUUAAUGCGGAUGAGACCUCUACAGCAGUUAAAGAAGACGUCCCUCCCAUCAAUGUAGGAAAGCUGAAUGGAGGCCAACGCAUUGACUAUGUGCUACAGGAGAAACCUAUUGAAAGUUUUAAUGAAUACUUAUUUGCUUUACAAAGCCAUCUGUGCUACUGGGAAUCUGAAGAUACAGUAUUGCUGGUCCUUAAAGAGAUCUACCAAACCCAGGGUAUCUUCCUUGAUCAGCCCUUACAGUAAAAAUGACCUAUCUGACUGCUUAAUACGGACAUUGAGGGAUCCUUCCCCAGAAAACCCACCUGUUUGUUGCUGCAAUUUUCUUCUCAGCUGCAUCAUUUCCUGCAUGUUGCCUGCCACUUACCAUUGGGGUCUUUGGAAGAUAAUCUUCCUUUUUGGAAGUGAGUGGAAAAGCAAAGGGAAGACCCUGUUACUUUUUAUGUGGGCUACAUAUAAAUACUUGCCAUUCUUUCUUUAUGGCUGGAGGUUGUUUGCAUCAAUUACUUCUUUGAUGAUAGCUUAUAGGUGCCACACUUGAUUCCUUAUUAUGAGAUGGUCUAUGGUCUGUGUGGGGUUUGCUAGAUAUUUUUCUGGGGAAUUAUUGCUGUCUUUAGAAAAUGUUCCAGUGUAGAAGCAGAUUCUUGAGAUAUAGAGGGCAUUUUGGAGAUUUUACAUCUCUUAGUGUUCUCGGCACCUGAAGUCUAAUUCUAAUUCUAAGAGGAUAUGGUGAUGGGUGAUUUUUUUUUUUUCCACCAGCAUUUCCUUCCUGUGUGUACUGUAUGAAGGAAGAUUGGAAUGUUGUUUAAUAAGAGUAUUGUUUACUCUCUUAACAACUGAACAGACGAACUUAUUGCUAGGAAUCUAUAAUGCUGUCUGUUGUUUUUAUAACCAGUUGAGCUCUAUAAGUCUAAAGUGGACAACUGAGUUCACACUAGGUACAUAUUUAUUUUUUUAUUUUAAUUUCUGUGAUACUGGGGAUUGAACCUGGGGCCUUGCACAUACUAGACAAAAGAUCUACCACUGAGAUACAUCUCCAGCCCUAGGUAUAUCUUUAUAAAACAAAGAUGUUAUAUAUAUUGUAGACCUGCUCUUUUGUACUAUACUUUAAACUGAGGAAGUCUAGAUGAGAUUUGAUUUAGUUAUUUGACAAUGAUAGCUUCUAUUCUUGUAUACAUAUAUUUUUUUCUAUUCUUAUAUUGAGGGUAAAGUUAUGAACGCUGACAAACCUGAAAUUACACAGCAUUUUCAGGCUGCUCAGGUUAUAAAUAGUAUCUUUAGUGGUGCCUUCGUGGUGAAACAGAAUUUAAAGUCAUCUGCCACUUCUACUUGGUUGAAAGUGAUACUGUGAUGUCCUUUUAAAAAACACUUUGUAAACAUCAUUGCGUUCUUAAGUAUCCUAAUCCAGAAUACUUAUUUAAAAGGCUGUUGGUUGGGGGUGGUGGCACACACCUAUAAUUUCAGUGACUCAGGAGGCUGAAGUAAUUGCAAGUUUGAGGCCAGCCUUGGCAACUUUAUUGAGGCCCUAAGCAAUUUAGCAAGAUCCUGACUUAAGAUAAAAAAGUAAAAGGACUGGGGAUGUAGCUCAGUGGUUAAGAGCCCCUGUUUUCUCUCCCUGGUACCAAAACAUAAAAAAUAAAAUAAGACUCUUGGCACAGGCAGUGUUAGCUGAGCACAUAGGUUUGAGGAGCAGCCACUGCAGUCACUAUAAGUUGAGUCUGGAACAUGCAAAGUGAGAUUUAUCUUAAAGAACACAGGUGUGACUAUAGACUAAUAUUUUUGCAAGCAUCUACUCACUGCAUUUUUUUAAGGUAUUUUCUUCCCCAUUAGUCAGCAUUUGCCAUUUUCAUUUCUUUUUGAUAGUCCUUUAUGUUUCCUCUCAGGUUUUCACAGGCCCUUAUUUAUUGAAUGGCAGAGGAAGGCAAGCCAUGUUUUGUUUUCUAUAAUUUAUUUCUUGUAAAUAUAUCAUGACAUCCAAAGCACUGGUAUUAAAUAUUCCCUGAUACUAUCCCUAAGACAGUAGUGGUUUUUAUCCUUUUCUGAACAGGAAAGGAAAAAGGUUAAUACUGUCAUUAUGGAGGUAUAGAGGCAAAGGUGGGGUAGAAGUCAAACCUGGUCAGCAUCGUCGGCUUAUGGACUAUAAUACUGAAUAAGCUACAAAGAAGUUUCAGAAACAUGGACUACUUUUAUUUUCUUUAUCACAUAAAUUGAAUAAGAGUUAUUGAGUUUUAAUUAGCAUUCACUAUAUAUUAAAAGGUAGGCUUUUAUCAAGUUACUAUCUGCAAAUGUUUACUCCUCACAUUAGCAGAAUAGGUACUCUUUUUUUAAAGAGUAAACCAAAGGACAACCAAGUGAGAGUCCCUGUAACCAAAGAUGGAUGGCACAACCCUGGUGAGCUAGAUAAACCACUAUACUAAGAAAUGCUUUUUUUUGGGUGGCAAGCUGUAGGUAACUAUAAAAGACCUUUAUAUCUCAUCCAUCCACCUAUGGUAUUAUGGCUGUAUUACACAAGGUAAUAAGCUUGAUUGAAAUACUUUAGUCUUACAUUAUUUGCACUGCUUCAUUUGUAUCAUGUGCAAUCUCUUGACCAAGCCUACUUUUAAACUCUAGUAAAACAUCAUUUUGUACAUAUUUCUAGCUGCAAAAUUAGUAUUGCUUCUCAGUUAAAGAGAUUAUUUGCAUGGAAACAACAGCAUUAUUAGCUUUCUAAUAUUUUGCACUUUUGAAAUGUUUGGUUUUUUAUGUGAUUAAAACUUUAAGUAUUGAAAUAAAACUAUAUUGACCAGUU